GAGGGCGCUGUGUACGUAGAACCUAGAUUUCAGGUUGUUAUGGGAAUGGGACUGAAGGGAAAAAAGUUGCUGCUAAGAGAUUAAAGUGAAGACCUCGGUUAUUCUUAAAAUCAAUUAUUGGAAUGGACUUCAUGAUUUAAAGUUGCCAGGGAUAAUUGUAAAAAGUUUGUGAAAUGCUGUUGGGAAGUCCUAAUGAUGAAGAAGGUCCAGUCAAUCAGGAACAAGUAGUACCUUCUAAUGGAGAAUCAGAUUCUAGUUUUAGCACCCUAGAGCAGGAUGCAUACGUCUUUGUCGAAAAAUCUCACUCAUUUGAGGUACUAGCUGGCUUGAAUUCUUUAAGACUAGAUGGUACAUUCUGUGAUGUCACCUUGUGUGUUGAUGAAGAAACUUUUUACUGUCACAAAGUGGUUUUGGCUUGCUUCAGUCCUUAUUUUAGGGCCAUGUUUGGAGGUGACCUUGCAGAAAGCCAGCAAGAGAAAGUUGUUUUAAAUGGUGUUGAAGUCACAGCCUUGCGUUCACUUCUACACUAUGCUUAUACUGGCCAGGUGACCAUAAAAAAAGACAACGUUCAGGCUCUCCUGUCGGCAGCAAACCUGCUUGAGGUAUUGCCUGUCCGAGAUGCCUGCUGUGGUUUUAUGGAAAGGCACAUGGAUGAAACAAACUGUGUUGGCAUUCACUGUUUUGCUGAAACUCAUGACUGUGCUGAACUACAGCAGAAGUCAAAGGACUUUAUUUUAAGGACCUUCUCGGAAGUAUUACAUCAAGAGGAAUUUUUGAAUAUCAGUGUUACCAAGUUAAUAGAACUUGUCUCAAGUGAUAACUUAGUAGUUUCCAAAGAAGAAGAGGUAUUUGAAGCCGUCUUAGUGUGGCUUACUCAUUGUCUGGAUGAAAGGGGAAAACAUUUUGAAAAGGUUCUACCCUUUGUUAGACUUCCACUUCUCAGCCCUUAUUAUCUUCAUGAUCAUGUAGCAACUCUUCCUGCUGUCACUGAGUCACCAGAAGGAAAACGGAUUUUGGAUGAGGCCAUAUCCUACCACCUCAUGCCUGAUAGGAGAAAAGAGCAAAGUAAUUUCCGUAUGAUACCAAGGAGAUCCCAGGGAGUUGUAGAUAUGGUGGUUCUUUCUGGAGGAGAAGAUGACAAAGUGAUGUUGAAAACAGUGGAAUGUUUUGAUCCUGGCCUAGUUGUUUGGCAUAGUUUACAGUGCUUACCUUUUGCAGUAAGCAAACAUGGCAUGGUGGUGACAGGAAGCAAUACCUUGUACGUGGCUGGAGGAGAGUGUCCUGAUGGAGCUUUGAGCGAUACGGUAUGGAGGUAUGACCCAGUGUGUAACCAGUGGGUGGAAGUGGAGCCAAUGAAUCAACAUAGAUCUGAAUUAGGUUUAGCAGUUUUGGAUGGACACAUGUAUGCUGUCGGUGGUUGGGAAUGGGAAACUAGGUUAUCCAGUGUAGAACGUUAUGACUUCAUACAAGACAAGUGGAGGUUUGUGUCUCCUAUGGCAGUUGCAUUAACAAGCCCAGCAGUGAUAGCACUUAAAGGUUUACUGUAUGUAGCAGGUGGUUCUUCACAACAGAAUGAAGAUGGUGCCAGUCUUGUGCAAGCAUAUAAUCCUACAAAAGAUUCCUGGUCACUUGUGGCUCCACUACUUGCACCAAGAUUUGGUGCUGGGAUUUGUGUGCUCAAUGGAUUAAUCUAUGUAAUAGGUGGUUGUCAACCAUCAGUAGGAUACACCAACAGUGUAGAAAGUUUUGACUCUGAGAAGAACCAGUGGAAAAUAUGCCCACCAAUGAAACAAAAGCGAUAUAGACCGGGGGUUACGACUUUACAUGGAAAAAUUUAUGUUUGUGGUGGAGAGGAUGGUUUUGACCAGUAUCAUAAAACAAUUGAAUGUUACUGUCCUGAACAGAAUCAGUGGAAUAUUGUUGCUGGUAUGCAAACUCCACGAAGUUGGGUUGCUUGUGCAACAUUAAGGGUAUCUGCUGUUACAUCCGUACAGGAAGGAUGAAGAUUUUUUGUGUGUGUCAGACUUAAUUUAUAAGUAGAAAUCUGAAUUGAAGACUGUGUGCUUGUUUCCUUUUACUUGGAACAUAUGGAAAGUUCACUUACUUUUUCAUAACAAGUGCUGUCUUCUAUAUAUAUUUACCGGACCAGCUUUAUACAUUUAAGUAUACACUGUCAUCUGUGGAUUUCAUGCAUGCUCACCUUAAUAGUUAGGUCUGAUGUUUGUCCUACAGCACACAUUGAACUGUGUUAUCAGCUGAAAAAGUUCAGUCAUUUCACUCAUUUACAGUUAAUUAUUUACUAUGAUAAUUUUAAUAACAGCUAAGCUAAAAAUCACAGACAGUUAUUACAUAAAAUGUGUUGGAGAUGAAGACAAUAAUUACAAUUUGGCAGAUGGUUUUCUUAACUAUAGAAGUUAAGCUGUGAGGUUUACUGCUGAUUGUGUAAUAUUUAAACAAAUGAUCAUAGAUUGUUAUAAACAUGGUUAUUCUUAAAAGCAAAUACGAAGAUGUAUUGUGUAAAAAAAAAAAA